AUGGGUCUAAACAUCAAACAGAAUCGAUAUGACAAGACAAAGAUUGCAUUUGUAUGUGUAGGCAAAGGUUGCUCUUGGCGCAUUUACUGCUCUUCCUCAGAAAAGUAUCCCAACAAGUGGCAGGUGAAGAUAUUGAAGAAGGAUCAUACAUGUGUUCAUCAUACCUGUGUUCCUAUGGGUACUUGCGAGAUGCUUAAUGUUCCACAAAUAGCUCACUUGUUUGUUGACAAGAUCAGAGAAGAACCAGAGUAUUUCAUGCCCAUGAAGAUUGAGCAGCUAGUCAUGGAGAAAUGGAAGAUCAGUGUUAGUAAGCCGCAAUGCCAACAUGCUAGGAACAAGGCCCUUAGAUGGAUUGAAAGAGAGUACGAUGAGCAGUUUGGACGGCUGAGGGAUUACUGCUCUGAGAUAAGAAGCUCGAAUGUUAAUUCUUCUGUUGAGCUUGAUUGCCUGAAAAAUGAUGAUGGGAUAGACGUUUUCAAUAGAUUUUAUGUCUGUUUUGACAUUCUGAGGAGAAACUGGAAAGAAACGUGUAGGCCACUAAUUGGAGUAGAUGGUUUAUUCUUGAAGUCUAGGAUGAAAGGGCAGCUGCUAAUGGCUUUGGGUCGUGAUGGCAAUAACGCCAUUUACUGUAUCGCAUGGGUUGUGGUACAAGUAGAGAACAAAGUCAAUUUGUUGUGGUUUGUGGAAAAGAUCAAGGUUGAUCUAGGACUAGACGAAGGAGAUGGUUAUGUUAUGGUUUCUGAUAGUCAAAAGGGAUUGAUUGCAGUUGUGAAGAGAGAACUGCCGCGAAUUGAGCGUAGAAUGUGUGUUAGACACAUCUACGGUAAAUUAAAAAAGAACCAUGGGAAGAAACCUGAAAUGAAAAAACUGAUUUGGAACCUUGCUUGGAGCUACAAUGACGCUGAUUACAAAGAAAAUCUUUUAGAGAUUGAGCGAUAUGAUCAAGAUGUUUAUGACGACGUUUUGAAGACAAAGCCAGAGAAGUGGUGUAGGGAAUUCCACAAGCUUGGACCUUACUGUGAAGACGUCGAGAACAAUUCCACUGAAUCUUUCAACAACUCCAAAGCCCGAGACAAGCCCUUUGUGCCUAUGUUGGAGACAAUAGCUUGCUUGGCGAUGGUUCGUAUAGCGAAAAGGGAUGUUAUUUGUACCAGCCACAAAGGGAUUCGCACACCGUAUGUCACUGAGAUGCUCAAGACUUUGCAUGAGAAAGCCUCUUUAUGCACGGUUAGACCAUCUAUCAACCAGACGUUUGGAGCUACUACUAAUGGCUGUCAACAUAGGGUGAGCUUGGAAAAUAGAACUUGUAGUUGCAGGAGAUGGGAGAUUACAGGGAUUCCUUGUGAACACGCCUAUGGAGUUAUGUUGUCGAAAGGUUUAAAGGCUCAAGACUAUGUUGUUCACUGGUUUCAGACAAGUACGUGGAAGCGUACAUAUGCUGUAGGGAUUGUGCCAUUGCGUGGAGCAAAUUUCUGGCCUGUAGGACCGGAACCAUCUAUAAUUGAACCUGAGAUCUCAGAUCAACCAGGCUGUAAGAAGGUGACUAAAGCAGAUAAAAAGAGAAAGAGAGGAGUCAAUGAAUCACCAUCGAAGAAAGAGAAGUUCUUGAAGCGGAUCAUGCACUGUGGGAUAUGUGGUGCUCCUAAUCAUAACUCCAGGUUCCAUAAGAAGAAUCCGAAAAAGCCUUUUGUGAGUGGUGAAUCUUCUCAGCCUGAAGCCUCUCAAGGUGUUUCUACUCAACCCACUCAGCUUGAGAAGUGA